AUGGUCGCCGGACUAGUUGGCUCUGGUAAAAGCACACGACUGAAAGCAUGUCUCGGCGAAGUGCCUUGUCUCAAGGGCUUUAUCUACAUCAAUGUUGCCAACGUCGCGUAUUGCGGUACGAAGACAUGGAUCCGCAACCGCUCGAUUCGGGACAACAUCUGCGACUCUUUGCCGUAUGAAGAAGAGUGGUACCGCACUAUCCUUCACGCGACAGCUCUCGAUCGCGACAUCGAUGCUCUGGCCGAGAAAAGCCUUACGCACGUCAUAGAGGAGACUUGCACGACUAUGCUUACUGUUUUCGCACGUCGGUUGGGCGGGUGGUCAAUGGUGCUUUAUGCAGGAGCGCUGGUUGUUGGUCUCUUCAGUGCGCAAUUCACAAGUCUCUGGGUUCAGUGUUGGGCGGAGAUGAAUAUAAAAACCCCGUUUGGGCAGCUGGCGCGGUAUAUCUGCAUUUACACUUUCUUGGCAGUGGCCGCGGCAGCCCUCUGGGCCUACUGCAUGUGGCUCGUCUUCUGUCGCAUCGUCCCCACAUCCUCAAGUCGACUCCACGAGCAUUUGGUAACCAAGAUCAAAGAUGCACCGCUAUACUGGCAUACAUCAACCGACACUGGUGUCAUCCUCAACCGCUUCAGCCAAGACAUGACAAUGAUAGAAUGCUCGCUUCCAGUAGACUUUUUGAAGCAUCCUUGA